AUGCCGCGCCGCACCUCAGGCGUAGAUGUCGCCACAUAUGUCUGCGGUGCGGGCCACGGUUGCGCGCUUCCUUCCACCCGCUGCCACCCUCGCAUCACGAAUGGCGGUAUACGUAUCGACCUCGCUGGCGCACCGAGGGGCUGUUUGAUUCGAGGGAGGCGUGUUCCUGUUUGCUAUUCGGGUGGGACUAUGUUCCCCGCCGCUCUUCUCUGCCAGAAGGGGUAUGCGUCUGGCGGAGGUGCGGGCGCGCCCGAGUCGAUUUCGCCCAACAGGCGGAGGUCGCCAAUGCGCACAAGCCCGCCAGUUGGAUAUGUGAUCGGGAUCCUCAUGGAUACAAUCAGAAGUCUGAAGCUAUUCGCGUCUUUCUUGUUGCUCGGAUGGGCUCGUCAGUCCGCCGCCGUUGAAGGAGAGACUCGUCGCGACGAAGCGAUCCCGAGACGCGGAGAAAGCGCCGCCAUCGCACGUCGAGACAGAUUCGUAGAGGCUAUCGAGACUACAGAGAGGAAUUUGCCCUCUUCAAUCUCCUACUUAGGCGGUUCGUCUGCUGAUGAUCGGGGAGGGGCUGGGUCGGAGGUGGAGGAGAGGCACGACUGUGCAAGGGUGAAUGUGGUCGCAAUCCUGAAGCAACGCCGCUGCCCCUGUCGACGGGAGCUUGCUGCGGAUGAAGUUGGUGGAGAGAGGGCGUCCGUUGAUGCGUUGAUGGAGCUACCCCACAGAGUUUCAGACAGGGGCGCUCAAGCUCGCUCGGCACGGACCACGGGCGCAGAAAGAGCUGCCCAUGCGAGCCACACUCAUUGCGAGUCCCUCCAGCAUGUCGAGGGAGAUGUUCUCGAUGCCCUCGAGCUCCGGAAGCGGCAGAAUCAGAAAAGAAGCAGAGGGCGAGAAUGA